CUGUAAGAGGAAGGAAGAUGGCGGACAACAAAGGCGAGGAAGACAUGGAGCCGUCUGCUAAUUCAGACCCAGUGCCUUCGGAGCCAGAGACGGAGCCGUCCGAAACCAAGCCCGAAAAUGAGUUAAUACCCACAGAAACAAAUUCUAACAUCACUGCCGAGGCCGAGCCCGGCGACAGUGCGAGGGAGGCUCCGACACCCACCGGCGACGCCGCUGCAGCAACAGCAGCAACAGCGGCGGUUGAGGAAGCCAAUGGCGGCGCCAGCAGCGCGGUUAGCCCGCAGUUAUCGGGGGAGAGCAGCAGCACGGAGCCGGGGACCAGCGAGGCCCCCAACCCCGGGGAUGCUGCGGCCGGAGCGGCCGCACCUCCCGCGGGGUCGGCGGCCACGCCGGCGCCCGCUCCCGUCAACCUGCUGGAUACGUGCGCCGUGUGUAAACAGAGUCUGCAGACCAGAGACUGCGAGCCCAAACUCCUGCCCUGCCUGCACUCGUUCUGCCUGAAAUGCAUCCCUCAGCCGGACAGGCAGAUCAGCGUGCAGGUGCCUGGACCGCACGGGCAAGCAGACACACACAUAGUAAACGUUAUGCGAUGCUCGGUUUGCCACCAAGACUACAAGCAAAGUGACAUUAUUGACAACUACUUUGUCAAAGACACCACUGAGGCCACCAACACGUCGGAUGAAAAGUCUGCACAGGUUUGCACAAGUUGCGAAGACAAUGCUGGGACCAUCGGCUUUUGUGUGGAGUGUGGGGAGUGGCUGUGUAAGACCUGCGUGGAAGCCCACCAGAGAGUUAAAAUCACCAAGGACCACAAAAUUCGGACAAAGGAGGAUGCUGACGCGGCGUCUGAGCCCGUCAGUCCAUCGGGACAGAGGCCCGUGUUUUGUCCAAUCCACAAGCAGGAACCUCUCAAACUGUUCUGUGAGACGUGUGACACUUUAACCUGCCGGGACUGUCAGCUUCAGGAGCACAAGGAGCACAGAUACCAGUUUCUUGAAGAAGCUUUCCAGAACCUCAAAGGAGUCAUUGAGAACAACAUGGCUAAGCUACAAGAAAAGAAGAACUAUGUACAUUACUCUUUAUCUCACGUGCAAAGCAGGUUAAAAGAACUGAAUGAGACGCAUAGGAAGGUGGAGCAUGAGAUCAAAAUAGCAGUAUUUACUCUCAUAAAUGAAAUCAACAAAAAGGGCAAGUCUUUGCUGCAGCAGUUGGAGAGUGUGACAAAAGAGCGCAGUAUGAGGCUCGUGGCUCAGCAUAAAGAUACCACCCAGCUCGCCCAGCAGAUUCACCAUGUGCUCAACUUUUGCCACUGGGCCAUCACGUCUGGCAGCAGCACAGCGUUCCUCUACAGCAAGAGACCGAUCAUGUUCCAGCUCCGCCAGCUCUUCAAGGCUAGGAUGGAGCCCGCACCGCAGUCCAAUGGGGUUGUGCGCUUCUUUUGUGACCCCACGUUCUGGGCCAAAAAUGUGGUAAAUCUAGGUAAUUUGGUAGUUGAGAAACCUCCUCCACCUGCACAGCCUCCCAAUCCGAUGGCAGGACCGGCCAUUUCACCAGGUCACGGUCACCCCGGCAAACACCCGGGACAGAUCAACCUGGCUCAGCUCCGGCUGCAGCACAUGCAGCAGGCAGCCUACGCGCAGCAGAAGCAGCAGCAUCAGCAGCAGCAACAGCAGAUCCAGCAACAGAUGCGCAUCGCCUCCCAAAUGUCCCAGCAGCAUGCCAGACAGGCCGGCCCGCCCAUGGUUCAGCAGCCCCCAAGACUAAUCAGUAUGCAGCAGCUCCAGAGAGGACCCGGGGGUAUGAACGGAGGACCCGGUCCCUCCAUGUACCCCUCCUCCCACCACUUGCGUAUUCCAGGUCCACCACAAAGCCGGACGUCCACAGCUCAGCCCAGACAUAACGGGCAGCAGUAUUCCUCGCUGAUGCAGCCUCAGCUACAGAGACAGAUGUCUAUAGAAUCUGAGAUGAGCCACCAAAGGUUUCGUUUCUUACUGCAAUCAGGGCAUUCCAACCCAGGACACGCGGGCCCUUUUCCAGUGGCAUCCCUGCAUAAUGCCAAUCCCACGAGUCCGACCAGUGCCAGUAUGGCCGGGGCCCAUUCUCACCGCGGCCCUGCCAGCCCCAUAAUUGGUCCCAUUGAGCUCAUUCCCUCCGUCACCAAUCCUGAGAACCUUCCCUGCCUACCUGAGAUCCCGCCCAUUCAGCUGGAAGACGCUGGUUCCAGCAACCUCGGUCACCUUCUUACUCGUUACAUCACAGCCAGCACACAGCAUCAUCUUGGUACAGUGGACAUGAACCCGUCGCCGGGAUUGUCCACACUCUCUCCUGGUUCAUCAGGUCUGUCCAACGCCCACACACCAGCACGUCCCUCCAGCACAUCCAGCACGGGCAGCAGAGGAAGCUGUAGCUCAGCAGGGAGGGCGGGGCCAGGGGGCGGGGCUAAUGCAGACCAGGUUAGAGUGAAGAAGGAGCCUGGCACAGAGGACAGCUACAGCUGUCCAGGUUCUUCUUUGAAGACAGAGCGGGGGAAAGAUGCUGGAAGGAGUGCCUGCAUGAUGAGCAGUCCGGAGAACAGCCCGCUAGGACUCGGAUCAGGCCAGGAUUCUCUGAAGACACUGGGAGAUCGCAUCAAAACGGAGCCAGACUCUGAGAUGCUGUGCGCAGGGCUAAAUGGCACCGGUGCCAUCGCGUCAUGUUCCGCUGCUACCACUACGACCUCCACUACCUCAUCAUCCGCCGACAACAGCAGCAGCAAGUUAGACUGUCCUGUCACCAACGGAAAGAGGACAGAGAACAAAGGGAGCGGAGCGUCUGAAGCGACGGGGAGUCUGGGUGGGAAAGAGGACGACCCCAACGAAGACUGGUGUGCCGUUUGUAUCAACGGCGGAGACCUGCUGUGCUGUGACCACUGUCCCAAGGUGUUCCACAUGAAAUGCCAUGUACCCACCAUAAGGAUCUUCCCAAAGGGGGACUUCCUCUGCACGUUUUGCCGGAGUAUAAGCUCCCCCGAAAUAGACUACUGUGAAGACAGCAAGAAAAUAAAAGCGGAGCAGAGCCUGAGUCCCCAAGACCAAAGGAGAUGUGAACGCCUCCUGUUGUACAUCUACUGUCAUGAGCUCAGCAUGGGCUUUAGGGAACCCGUUCCCAGCUCUGUACCCAACUACUACAAGAUUAUUAAGCAGCCCAUGGACCUGAAGAAAGCAAAGAAGAAGCUCCAGUUACACAGCCCCUACUACUACAAGUCCAUCCAGGAUUUCGUGUCUGACAUACGCCUUAUCUUCAAAAACUGUGCAGAGUACAAUGAGAUGUCUCGAAUAAUCCAGGUUUAUGAUGAGGAGAAAGAGAUUAAUCCGCAGGCGGGAUCAGAGAUGGCGAUAUCUGGCAAGGCGGUGAGCGUGUACUUUGAGGAGAAGCUGCUGGAGCUGUUCCCAGGCCAAAUCUUCCCCGAAACGCCAGAAUCAGCCGAGCAGCCGGAAGAAAAAGAAAAGGAGUACGAGACGGACGACUCCGAGGAGGACUUCAUACAGCCCAGGCGCAAACGUUUGAAAACGGACGAAAAGAUUGUCCACAUAAAGUAAGAAACGGCAUAAAAUAAAACAGAAGUGGGGAGAAAAAAAACGAACUGUCUUCCUCCAGGCCCACGCUUCUCUUUUCUUUUGGACGCAUCAAAAAGAUGAGGUUUUCUUCACAAACUGGAAAGAAUUGUCCGCAACUGCGUCUGCUCCCGAGACGCAAGGAAGGAAGAGCUGCAGUCCCGUCCCCACCGUCCCCCCCGUGUAUGAUGGAAGUAGAACUCGCUUGUACAGAUUUGGAAGUAGGACUUGUUUUGCAGUAGUUAGCAACUGGUUCUUUUUGUUUUCUAUCAUCCAUUUGCAUUUGUAGAUUUGUUGUGACAAUUGCUUUAUAAAACAUGAAAACCCCCGUUUUUUCUUUUGAUGUAUUAUAUCUAAAGUUUGACAUGAAGCCUACCGAGUGUUUGUAAGACUUUGUGGAAAUGUUAUGUAAAUAAGAGAGUCUAACCGUCUGAAGGUAUUCCUCCAGUAUAGAUGUUUUGGCGCGUCAUCAAUAAAACUUGUUCUUGAAAUAUAUCGGAAAAAUGUGUCCUUGGAGUACAUUUGGACUUGGUUCAGUUCUCCUCUUUAUACAUAUUGUGCUAAAUCAUGACGCAUGUAAUCUCAAGGCAUUUCAACAGUACAGUUCAACUCGCUCCAAAUCAGUCCAAUCAACACAAAGCCAACAGAAUGACCAUAACUGCUGCUUCGCUGAGAAAACCAACUGAUGGCAUCACAACUUUUCUUUGAUACAAUCUCUGGUCCCGAGCAAGCACCAGGCGACUGUGGAAAGGGGGAAAAAAAACUCAAAACGGAGUCAAUCUGCAUUUUAAAAUGUCCAACUUUAGAGUAUAAAUAAGAAAUUUUACUGCCCUGUUAAAAAGCAAAAACCCUUUGGUUUCCAAAUUACAUUUCACAUCAGUAACAGUUUUUUUUUUUUUUUUUACCACAUCAAGUACAUUUAUAUAAAGAGAUAAAUGUAUGUAUAAUUAGGGGUGGAGACUUUUGAUUUGCAGCCUGCUUAGCCAAUGGUUGUGUGGUCAUGUUAUCAGUAAACAUGCUAUGGAGUGUUGCCAAACAUUUAGCAGCUUGUGCUAACGCAAUGUCUGCUAAAAACAGCAUUUGUUUCUGAUUUAAGAACCAAAACAGGAUAUUUCACUACACACAUUCGCUGGCAGCUCCAGCUCCUGAUAUGGAUUGACAGAGCCGCGUUUUUCACUAGUGGGAGUUCCGGGUGGAUUUUUCGGGGCCGUGUGCUUGUUUCAAUUACCAGGAACAGCUCUGUAAUGUUGCCUUCAGGAACCAGUACGGGGCCAAACAGCCCUGUAGUAGGAGAGGGACGUUUUUCGGGCCAGAAGGGUUACCUGGUGGGAAUUGCGUUCAGCCCUCUCAUGUGAACUUAAAUCAUGUGACCACAAAUCAUUUAAGCAUUUUGACCAGAGACAUUUCGCUACAAGUACAUUUGAUGAAAUUGGAGAUUACAUUAAUAAAAACGAUUGAUGGACCAGUGAGUCGGUUUAGGUCUUGCUGUCAUA